AUGGAAGGAAAAUGUGGUGUGUGUGGUGAUCCUAUUGAUGGAACUCGUAAUAAUGAAGCACCGAAUGGUAAAUAUUUUACGGAAACUAUUGUUGGUACUUACAGAUCGGGAGCAGUCAUCGAUGUUCGUAUUGAAAUGAUGGCUAAUCAUUUGGGUUGGUUCAACUUCAAGAUUUGUCCAGUAACAAACGAUGCUGUGGAAGUGACACAAGAAUGUCUUGACUGA